AUGUUCUGUUUUGCCCGGUUGAAGGUUACAGACACAGGUCCCAGGAAGUGGCUGCUGGGGCCUCUUGCCCUUGUGAUCCUGCUAGAAGUCGCCCGGGUGCAGAGCCUGCCCAUCGGAUCCUGCUAUUUCCCCCAAAUACCUGAACAUUUGAACGCCUUUAGGCAACUCAGGAACCAAUAUGAGGACGAGAGGUUCAAAGGAGGCGAACCCUGGAAAAACUGCACGCGCCACCAUCUCCGCUUCCCCCGAGGGAAGAUGCACCACUUGAGAAAUAAAUGGGACAAGAUGGAGGCUGUGGAGGCGGAACUGGCCCUGGUGGUGCCCGUUUUGCAGAACCUCAGUGAGCCUGCCUUCUCCAAGCACGCAUCCAAGAUUUUGGAGUUCCUCCAUCCAUUCCAGGAGGCUCUGGCUGCCUGUAUCAGGGACAAAACCCCCCACAGACAGAAGUCCAGCCUCCUCCAGCAGUUCAAAGAAGAGAUCCAGAAAUUCAACGCCAGCAGCGUUCAGCAAUCGCCAAAGUGCCUGGAGGCAGCGGUCGGCCUGAACAUUGUGCACCUCCUGGAAGUGGACAUCCACCAGCUCCAGCACCUAUUCCGCCACCGCCACGACCCCCGAACCACCACCCGCUUAGGUGAAAUCCUGCAGGGGCCAUUGUGACCGGCCAAGGCUGCCCAGGUCAGAAACGCAGCCGGAAAGCACACCGACUCCUCCAUAAAUGACAGUUCUCUACUACCAAAUUGCCUUCAGAAGAACCGGGAUCAGGGGAGCUGCAGAUUGUUCUGUAUUCCGCGCGCUUCCCUCCACACGGUGACCUGCAGAGGCCCUGCGGACGAUGGGAUCUGUCGUUCCAUGUGUCUGAAGGGCACCACAGUGGAGGAAGUCUUAACCUCACCAUGAUCCGGAGCAGAGCUCUGGAUUCCCAAGCAGGCUUUUCACGGGUUGCUUGUCUUAUUUAGGUCCUUCUCCUUGCCCCAAAGAGCCACCUCGGCUAAAGGAUGCCUUUCCCCACGCAUGCUAGAUUCACUGCUCCGGCAGGAGGUUCCUGGUGAACCUUUUCUGCAUCCUGUUGUGCCAUGUUGGCCCUUCUCCCCUGGCAGGAGAGGCCGUCGCUCAAGGGCUUGGUGAAAAACGUCGUGUUUGCAAAACUGUGAUAGCCUAGUGUUGUAAAAGGGCUGCUAUAUUUAUGUAAUUUAUUUUAAUCUUCCUGGAUCUGAAAUUAACAUCUUUGGGGGGAGGGAAGCGGGGGGAGGGGAGUCCCAUUAUUUAAAGUGAGUUG